CGGCGACUUCCGCUUCCGGGUGGCUCUUCCCUGUGGCGCGCUCUUGAAGCCCCGCGGUCGCCAUGGAGCUGCUGGGCGAGUACAUCGGGCAGGACGGGCAGCGCCAGGAGCUGAGGGUCCGGUGUGAGGCGCCGGGCGACGCCGACCCCUUCCAGGGCCUGCUGUCGGGCGUGGCCCAGAUGCGGGAGCUGGUGGCCGAGCUCUUCGCCCCGCUGGCGCCGCCGGAGGCGCACGGCGCGGCGGCGGCUGCGGACCAGGCCGUGGACGGUGAUGAUGAAGAUGAUGGAGAAGAUGAAAAUAACAUUGAUAGCAGAACUAAUUCAGAUGGACCAUCUGCAAAACGGCCAAAACCACCAUCUUAAUACUAGCUUUUAGGAUAUUUAAAAAAUUGCUGCUCUGUCUUCAUUAUCGCACUGACAUUUAGGAAGACUCACACUGUUAUUUGGAAAAACAUUUGCUUUGUUCCCCUUGGACAGUUUUGUCAAGGAAAAUACUAUUUGUUCUGUUUCCAGCAAAGAAAGAUAAAUAAAUGUUUAGAAAUGAAUCUGUUUUCUUGAGUGAGAAAUACUUUUGAAACCAUGAAAAUAUAACAAUUAAUGAUGUAUAAAAUCCUCUAAGUUAGCACGUGAGUUUUUGGUUUUGACUUUAAAAUAACCAUUGAAUUGUGAUGUCUGCAUCUUUUAGUUUUGCAUGGGCAAGAACGUGUCAAAGAACUGACAUGAGCAAAUGGUGAAAAUUGGGUAUUAAAUUUAAGAAUGGCAGCUCUGUAUAAGUAGAAGGAAAACAGUAACAGAAACACUGCGAAGAGAGCCCUUGAGAACCAAGGAACCUUGCAUCUGUACUGGCACCUGCUGUACAGAGAUGACCCCUCUUCAUGAAGGUAUAUUUACCUUGUACCUUAAAAGAGCCCCAUGGGGUAUGUCUUAAUAUUUGUGUGUGUGUAUAAAAAUAUAAGUCCUUAAGUAAGUUCAUAUUGAAUAGCUUUUAGAUAAUUCUUUCAUCCUGUGGCCUUGUUUUGAUUUUGCUUAACAAAGGACUUUUAAAAUAUAUACAUUCCUAAAAUAUCUCUAUAGAUAUGAAUAAUUCUUUCCUGCUUGUCAGUGGGACUAAGGCAUUUUUGUCUGUUUGUUUUUAAGGCAUUGUAUUUACUAUGCAUCUUUCCUAAUUCAUUUAGGAAAUCAAGUAACAUGCGUCUAAUGAAAUACAGUCAUAGAAUUCUUAAGAAUUGGAAGUAAGCUUACAAAUUAUAUGGUUUAUAUCAGAGUUUAAUGGAUUCUUAGAUAGGUGUUUGCCCUGAGUUUCAGAGCUAACCAUUGGCAGAUUGGGUUGUAUACAUAAUCAUAGUGUAUUACCCAUAAUGUGUUUUCCAGUUACAUAGUCUAAAGGCUCUAGCUUACAAAGUUGUAUAAACUGUAGGCUAUUGAGAAAGCUGAAUUUAUGUACCCUUUCAUAUCUUUAAAGUAUUGUUUUAUUUGGAAUAUCAGCCUUCCACUGAGUACUGUUACGUAAUCUAAGCAGCACCAACUACAAAGUCUUAUAAGUGGUCAGAAAUCAUCUUAAUUUGUGAUAGUGUCUUUAAUAUUGGUACUUGAACUCAGUAUUUGAUUUAUAAUUUUCAAUCCAGUCCUUAAAAAAGUACCUGUGUAGCAUUAAAGAAGUUACUACUUCUAAAUAAAUAGUUAGCCUUUGUUCCUGAACAUUGUUGAGUGAAAGUGUUUAUAAAGACAUUUGAGGAUAUUUGUGCUUAUGGUCAGGUAUUUUAAGGUCUGGGCUCUUAAGUUUGAUGGGUCUUUUAGUACUUAAUCUAAUUCUAGUACUGUUUUCAUAAGUGAGCCGAUGUGUAACCAGAAAGAUCCGUUUGAAGGACCAGUAUAGAAGGAAGGCCUUGCUUAGUUCUAAUCUGCUGCCUAGUGGAAACACUAGCCACAAGCAAGCAAAACAUAGUUAUUCUGUGGAAAAAACUCCCAGCUUUAGCCCAAGAAAGCCAGCCCCUCAAUCCUAUCUAAAAAUAAGCUUAGCACAAGAUCUUAGAUAAUUUUUUAUGUGAAAUAUGUGGAUAUAUGCAAGAUAGAUACUUAUUACAAAUGUGCUUUUCUGUCACCUUAAAUACUUAAAUAGGCUUAUGUGACCAGGAAUAAGAACUUUCUUCUAUAAUAGAUGUGGUUCCUUUCCUAUAAAUUAGAAAGUUUGAACAUUUAAAAUUUGACUGAAAAGAAAAUUUACUUUGGAAAAAAACAGGGAGGGAAAGUAUGGGAGGAAAUCAGCCUCUAGUCCCUAGCGUAGGGAAGAUUUAUACUUCCGCAACUUGCAAAUCUUGAGCCAAGUGACUGCCUUUGCCUGUUAGCUCUCCUUUAGGUUUCAAUUUAAAUGUUUUCUCCAGGAGAUCUUUCCUGGCUUGCAAGACAAUGUUAGGUCCUCCUGCUGUGUUUUUCUGUGCCUCUUAGUGCCCUGUUCUUCUCCCUCCUACUAUGAAGUGUACGUUAUUAUAAGAAUUAGGUUGUCUACUCAGAAAUUUUGUAACUUCCAAAAAUUUUUUUUAAAGAUUUAUUUAUUUAUCUAUUUAUGCAAGAACCAGGGUACAGGCCAGAUGUGCAGGAGGGUGAGAGUAUUCACCAGAGACAGAGUGGGGAGCAGAACAGGCAGACUGACUGAAAUACACUGCUGAGGGGAGCAGCGGGCGAGACAGGAGAGGUCUGCCGCGCCAUGUGGGAAGCUCACCGGCCAGCUGGGAUCGAACUGGCGCUGCAGAGGCUGCGGGACAGCUUCACAGCACAGCACUCAACCUCCUGCACCACCAGGGGAGGCCCCCCAAAUUUUUUUUAAAGAUUUAUUUAUGCAUACAAGAGCUGAGGUGCAGGCCAGAGGUGGGGGGGGGCAGUUGAGAGGAUUCACCAGAGACAGUGGGGAGCAGAACAGGCAGACUGACUGAAAUACACUUGAGGGAGUAGUGGGCAAAUCAGGAGAGGUCUGCUGCGCCCUGUGGGUUAGUUCCCUGGCUGGGGAUAGCUUCAUAGUGCUGAGAUUUAACCCCUUGCGCCAGCAGGGAGGCCCAACUUCCAAAUAUUUGUAUACCUCUAAAAGAAAUAGUUUGUUUUCUUCCAAAUUAAGAAAUUAGUUGGAGAUGUGUGUGACCCUAAGUUUAUCAUGUAGUAGUACUUUUAGCUUUAGCCUAUUAAAAAUAACAUUUCUCAGUGGAAUUGUUGGACUUGUACGAGCAUAGAAUAUGUGUGUAUUGUCACAGAUUCAUACAUGAGACAUCCUGGAAACCUAGACUUUUAAACUAAAUGGCCAGACUCUGCAUUGUAAUGUCAUGUUCAUAAUAAUUCCUGCUUCAAAUUAGUUGUUGUUGGUAGUUGAGCACCUCAAAAUUCAAAAUGGCAUUACCUUAAAUGCAGCUAAUGAUAGUUACAAAUUAACAUGUUUUGGGAAAUUAAAAUCAUUUUGUGAUAAGUAUUUCUUGGGUAUUUAAAUAAAGAGUAAGAGUAGAAUAUAAAAUUCCUAAAGAAAUUGGAGAACAUUUGUAAAAUAACACUUAGCAGUUUUAACAAAUAAGAAACAAACUGUUUUUUGUGAUGACGUUGGAUUCCAUUCUCACUACUUCAAACAUCAUAGAUUUCAAGUACUAAAAGAAAAUUGAAUCUUUAUCACUUUAUCCAGAGUGAAAAAGGUUUCUAAGCAGGAUUUUUUUUUUUUUAGGAUUUAUUUAUUUUUAUACAAGAGCUGGGGUACAGGCCAGAUGCACGGGAGGGUGAGAUUUCACUAGAGACGGACUGGGGAGCAGAACAGGCAGACUGACUGAAAUAUACUGCUGAGGGGAGCAGCGGGCGAGGCAGGAGAGGUCUGCCGCACCAUAUGGGUUGCUCCCUGGCCGGCCGGCAAUCAAACCGGCACUGCAGAGGCUGAGGACAGCGUCACAGCACUACGCUUAACCCACUGCGCCACCAGGGAGGCCCUCUAAGCAGGAUUUUUUCAAAAAAUUCAGAAACCAUACACAUGAAUAAAUGUGAUUACAUAAUAAAAUUUCUGAACGCUGUCAGUAAGAUUAAAAAGAUACAAGGGAAAAGUAUUUAGUGCUUUCAGCAUAAUGACUAAGAACUCAUUCCUUUUAUAGAUCUCAUGUGCAGUGAGAACACAAUGGAAAAGGCAAAAGAGCAAGAUUGUAAGAACGGAAAACACAGCUUUUAAAUGAAAAUCUGGGCCCCUUCAAAGGAUGAAAAUUUAAAAUAAUGCAAUGGCAUUUUUUUUUAAAGCUCCUCGUGGGAGACACUCUUUUUUUAAGAUUGAUUUAUUUAUACAAGAACCUAGGGUACAGGCCAGAGGCGCAGGAGGGUGAGAGAUUUCACCAAAGACAGAGUGGGGAGCAGAACAGGCAGACUGACCAAAAUACACUGCUGAGGGGAGCAGUGGGUGAGACAGGAGAGGUCUGCUGGGCCACAUGGGAAUCUCCCUGGCCAGCCGGGAAUCAAACCCGCACUGCAGAGGCUGCGGACAGCUGCACAGCACUGUGCUCAACCUGCUGUGCCACCAGGGAGGCCCUGCAGUGGCAUUUUUUACUUUUCAGACUGAAAGAGCAAAAGUUUUGCUGCAGUAACAAGGUGGAAAGGCUAAAAGGUCUAAUAUAUUGAAGGUGAGAGUGUAUAUUUGAUAAAACUCUUUGAAAGUAGAGAAUUCUGUCGAAAUGUGAAAUGUACAUGUUCUAUAGAAAUUUAUCCUACAGAAAACAGCACGUGUGCACAGAACUGCUUAGAAAGCUAUUCAUUGCAGCAUUGUUCUUAGUAACAACAAAGAAUGCAAACAACUUAAAAGAAGACCCUAGUUAACUAAAUAAAAACAGGACAUUAGCACAAUAACUUUGGGCAGACAUUAAAAAGACCACAGUAUAACUGUGUAAUGAUCCAUCUCACCAGCAGGAUGCGAAGUGUGUAGAAUGCCACUGCUGGAGAACGUUGGCUGUGUGAGGCAGAUAGUAGAGGAUGCAGAACUACAGAAAAAGUCACUCUAAGACUUUCCAGAAGUUUUUGAUUUUAAAAAAGCCAUGCUUUAAAUUUAGUAAGGGCAGAUCAGCCUUAUUAACAGUCUAAAAUAUUGUCAUGUAAGCAAUUCAGGGCAAAGCAUUAACCAAUCCAGAUAAAAACCAGCAAAAACUCCACAUUUCCCAUUUGGUUACUACUUUGAUAGAAGAAGGGAGUUAAAUUUGCCUUCUGAAAGGUUAGGAGAGCUGAGUGUGAUACGAGGUGGGGUGCCAUUGAAAGAGAAGGGUAUAUCUAGAACUGAUGUGCUUAGCCUUCCCCUUAAGAAAAUGGCCCUCUAGCCCAUGCCUUCUUAAAGUAUAGAAUGAAUUUCACAGUGUUGGUGUAAUGAUUCCAGUUCUCAGGUGACCUUUGGGAUCAGAAUUGCUUUAUUUAAAGACAUGACCCAGGAAAUGGUGUUUGCGAAACAACAAGCUUCUAUUUAAAUCUUUUAAAAAGUAGCAGCUCCCAUUGGGGUACCAACAAGAUCAUUGGGUUGCAGCUUAAAUAGAAAUUUACUCCACCACCUGGGACCAAUGAAAGAAAUCCUGCUGGGUAUAGAUAGAAGUAACUUCUAGAAACACAUUAUUAGUUCAAAUGAAUGGUUUAUGGGGUCAAGGUAUUGCUUUGAAAGCCAAGGUGUGUUGUAGCUGAAAGAGGUCAUUAUGAUACUUGGUGUAUAAUGUGAAGUGAUUUAGGAAACCAUUAUCUUCCUGACAAACGAGAAUUUCUCAAGGCUCUAAUCACCACUUAAAAUCUCCUUUGUGAACAUAGUACAUAUUUUUCUCUGCAUUGAUAAGGAAAUUGCCAAGACAGCCACAUCACAAGAACUUUUGGCAAAAAUAAAUUUUUAGAUUCAUUUUAAGUGUUGGCCUUGAAAGAAUAUAUCACUACAUGCUGACACCUGGAAGAACUUAAUAACCAAACAUCUAGAACAUGUGAACAGAUUAUGCUCCACACUUAGUGGUAAAUGUCAACUUUAGUCUUCAUUCUUUUUUUUUUUUUUUUUUUAAGAUUUUUAUUUAUUUAUGCAAGCACUGGGUACAGUCAGAAGUGCGGGAAGGUGAGAGAAUUCGCCAGAGUGGGGAGCAGAGCAGGCAGAAGGACUGAAGUACACUGCUGAGGGGAGCAGUGGGCGGCAGGAGAGGUCUGCGUGCCAUGUGGGACCCUCCUCCGGUGGCCCGGGAGCAGCCGGGGAUCCAACCAGCGCUGCAGAAGCUGCGGGUAGCCUUGCAACCCAGCGUUCAACCGCUGCGCCACCAGGGAGGCCCUAGUCUUCUUACUUUCUGGAGAGUGAACUAGAUUGUUUUGCAAUCUAGUGAGAGUUGCUCAGUGGCAAUAAGAAUCAUUCAUGCAAUAAUUAAACAUCUGUUAUAUACUAUGUACAUAGAGUAUAUAGCAGUUAACAAGCAGACAAAAUCCCUGCCCUCCUGGAAUUUAGAUACUGACAAAAUACAUGCCAUGUGAUGGUGAGCACUGUGAAGAAUUACAAGGAAGACAGAUGCUUCCUUUAAAUAGGGUGGUCAGAGGCAGCCUCACUGUGCUGACCACUGAACAGAUGUCUGCAGAAAGUGAUGGUGUGGCCAGGGCCAAGCAUCAGGCAGAAGGUAUAGCAUCAGAGUGCGGAGAUCCUGAAACGGGCUUUUCUGGCACAUUCUAGAAUCAGCAAGAAGACCAGGGGUGCAGAGAGUGGUGGAAAAUAAAGUAGUGGACAAGGACCACUUAGAAUUACAUGUAUACCAUGUUAAAGAUUUUAACAUUUAUUCUAAUAUGAAGAAAUUACAUGAGGAUUUUUGAGAAAAAUAGCAUUUUAAAAGGAUUCCUGGUUACUUCUUUCAUUGUGAUUUGUAGAGGAUUUGAGCUGAUUUUGGUGGCUGCAGAGAUCAGUUUGGUUUUGGACAGGUUAAAUUCCAGGUGUCUGGGAUGACAUCCUGGUAAAUAUCAAGUAGGAAGUUGGAUAUCCACAUCUGGAGCUCAGGAGGGACUGCCGCAACAUAGUGAUAUAAAUUUGGGCAUUUCACCUUGAGCCUGAAUGAGAUGACCAAGGGAAUAAGUAUGGAAAAGAGAGUUGGGCGUGCCGACAUUCAGUGAUCCGAGUGGGAGCACUCAGGGAAAGGAGACAGGAAAAGCUGAGAGGAAGAAAGCAAACCAGGGAAGUGUCUAGGACUGAGCUGAUAGUACAUGGUAGUAGCUACUAAUCACAUGUUGCUAUUUAAUUAGAACUUAAAAUUCAGUUGGUCACUUACACUAGCCAUAUCUCAGUUUCAUACAGCUAGUGGCUCCGGAUAUGGACGGUACAGGUAGGGGACAUUCCACCAUCGCCAAAGUUCUGUUUGACAGUACAAAUCCCAAAGAAAGUAUCUCAAGAACAAAAAGUUUAAUUAAAAAAAAAAAAAAUCUGCUAAUCAGUAAUUUAAGGACUGGGAACUUGACCAUUGUACUUAGUCACAUGCAAAUAUCCAGUUAUCUCUUGACAAGAGAGCAGUUAGGGUAAAAUGGGAGAAGGCCAAAGCCUGACAGAAGUGGAUUCACAAUAAACCGGGGGGGAGAGGAAUCAGAAAAUACAGUGAUUUCAUUCCCAACCUUGGGCUCCAGCUGGCAGCAGCCUCCCGGGGCUCCCAGUGCUGCCUGCACAGAUCCAUUCUAGGGCAGCUCAGAAACAGCUCAAGGCCAUAGGUGUCACCAUCAGGCUGACCCAUUUUUGUUUCCUCCUGUACUAGGGCUGGGUUCUGUGACCCUUGGAGAGCUGGAGAGCUUCACCCCCAGCAAAGGCCUGAUGAUGUGUACCGCAUUCCUGGCCCGCCUCUGCAUUAUGGCAUCCAGUGUUAUAGUGACCUUUUCCACAGUCAUGACCUCUCAGUGCCUACAUGAUAUGCAUAGUAUCAGUUCAUAGGGUCCAGCUUGGUAAGGCCCCCUGCAGCAGUAAGUCAACAAUUUACACCUUGAAAAAAAUAAAAACCUCUUUAAAUUUAGAAUUGCAAUUUAAGGGCUGGGGUGAAUUUACUGCAAAUAUUUGUUGAAGCUCUUUGAAAGACAAACAGCUCUCAUGACUAACAGUGCAGUCUUUAGUAAAUGUGCGUAAGAAUCCAUGACCCAGUGCUUCUCAGCCCUACUAAGUCAUUUCAGGAGCUCUUAAAACUUGAUUGCCUGGGCCCUGAUCCCAGAGAUUGAUAGGAUUGAUUGAGAAGGGGCCCUGGCAAUAUUUAUGUGGAGAUUUGCUUAGUUUUUUAUUUCCUUGGGUGAUUCUAAGAUAAAGGAAAGUCUAAGACCCAUUCACUGCCCAAAACAAAAAUACUAUGCACAAUGGUUCCUGAUUAUGGCCCAGAAUUAUGUAGAGCUUUAUAAAUGUGGAGAAUUUAUAAAGUGAUGGCACAUAUUUGAUGCAAAAAUGAGUCAUGUGGUAUUGUGGUAAGCUUCUCUGCCAGCGUUUUGCAGAUUGAGAAUGUUAAAUCCAUCAAGAAGGAAAUCAACACUGGAUAAUCUUAAACACUUGAACGCUACCAUGAACGAACAUGCUGGUUUGAUUAUCUUGCGGGUGUAGUGCAGUUAUUCUCAGGAGCACUUUAACGGAUGAUUCCACUUCCCCAAAGAAAAGCUCUUUGUUAAUGAUGAAAGUUUUGAAACCAUCAAAUUUCUAAACUUAGGGAAUCACUUUUUUACUUUAAAACUGGUAACAUUUAAAACCAGAAAAUUUACAUGUUGCCUUAAGCUCCAUGAAUUAGAUGUUUGUUCCUCUAAUUCAGGUAUCUCUUGCCUACCCGACCACUCUUGGAAAAAUAACUCCCUGGCACGCUUCCAUGCAAACCACUCAACAGGUAUUCCUUGUAGGAACAGCUGCAAAUAAAAUGGCACAGUACACCGCUGUGGGGUGUCCUCUCUCUCCUCUCUGGAAGCAAGUAUCAUGGACAAUUAUGGAGCAGAGGAUGCUUGCCCCUUUCCUAUAACUCUGAAGGCUUUCUGGAUUUGCCAUUCAUAUUGGUAAUUAGCUUUUUGUAUUAUAACGUAAAUAUGGAAUAAAUGAUCUGCACGUUUCCUAUCUACCAAUUUCAGCCGCCUCCUCAGUCUGAUAGAACUAGGAGACUGAUUUCAUCAUUCCCUCUUCAUCCGACCAAGAGUGCUUUGAACCAUUAAAUAGCCAUAAAUUAACAAAAUAAUCCACAACUUGGUUAAUUCCUCAAUAAUCAACCUGUUUACCCCUAAAUCUGAAAGAUCAUAAUUAGAUUUGGAAACACUGCAUUACUCCCUUAAUGUUUCCACUAUUAAGGGAAUAUGAGAUGACCAAAUACGAAAAUACUAGAAUUUGAAGCAUGAGAAAGAGUACUUCAAAAAAAGGAAUUCAAGUGGCAAACUCGCAAACCCUGCAUCUUAUCAAGUAUCUGAAAAAAAUCAAUUAAUUAAAUCAUUUCCAAACUGUCACUGCCUCAGAUUAAUAAGAACAGGAAACUGCUCAGUUACUUUCCUCAAAUUACCCUUUUUUCUUUUUUAAGUGAGUACAAUUGAAUAAAGAGCUGGAGAUCUGAAGUCAGAAAUCCUAGGUUCAAAUCUUGGCUCUUCCAUGGGCAUGUUAUGAAUUACGGUUUCCUCAUUUUCCUCUUCUGUAAAAUGCCUCACAUCUCUUGGAAGAAUGAAUGUCACUCCCUCUGAAAACCUUGCCUGCAUUCAGUCAGUAAGUACUCAAAAGUGAUUUGGUUAUGUAACCUUCCCAGAAAAACAGGUAUUUCAAACUGUUACUUUGAAAUCAGUGUUUUGAAGCAAAAAUAAAUGAUUUCAGCAACUAGACCUUUGGAGGUAAAGUGGGAAAGGCUCUCAUCUUGCUGUUUGAGUUACAAGGUACCUGCUUUAUCUUUCAAGAAAGUAAAAGCUUGCUGUGAAAUGCUCAACUUCCUUUCUGCUCAGAUCAGACUUAAAGGUUAAGGUUGCUUGAAAACUUUGAGAUUUCUCAGUAGGUCGUGCAACUUGAGAGAACCCUUUAUCCAUCAUGCUGCCUGUUACUUUCUUUGGCGGGGUAGCCAGACAGUGCCCUGUGCUGAAACGUGUCAUUUGUGAAAAGCACUGCAUCUCCUUGGUCAGGGACGAAGGUGUCAGCUGGCUAGAACUCCAGCUCUGCCACUUCCAGCUGUGUGACCUCUGGCAAGUUACUUGUCUUCUUAUCUGUACAAUCCAAAUAAUGGCUAUCUCAUAGGGUUGUUGGGAAGAUCAGAUAAGUUAAUUUAUAGAAAGCUCUUAGAACCGGGUCCAAGAAUAAACACCAAAAAGUUACCAAAAUCAGCCGGUACAAAGCAUUUCCCUGGUUUAAAUGACAUGACUAUAAAAAUGUCUUGAUCUCACCCAGAAAAACAAAAUCCUAAAAUCUUUCCCCACUUUUUAGUGAUUUAUAUUGGUGCCAGACAUGAGGUAGGUGAGUACAAGUGCCAAGGAGGAAGCAGAAGCUCACAGCUUCACGCAGUGAACCUGUCUCUGAAGACUGGACCUUGGACCAGAAAGAACAGGACGCACACGCGCUGCUUUUCAGAGAGCGUCGCUCUUCAUUUCCGUCUUCCGUGAGCCAGAUGUCUCCGCUUCCAAACAUCUAGUCUCUUCCCAAGUGCUUUUUGAACUAGGAGCUUAAGUGAUGCUAGUUAAUCCUGCCAGCAGCAUUACCAAAAGGACAAGUCCUGCUUGUCAAGACCCCCAGCACCUCAGUGAUUUUCUGUCAGUCCCUCACGAGCUGGUAACAAGCACAGUGGGCGUAACUACAAUAGAAGGAACUGGUGUUUUAAAGAAUUUUAAAGCAAGCCAGGCGAUUGUAUAAAAUUUAAAUUUUAUGACCAUGUUUGGACCUUUUUACAUUAAACACAAUGGAAAUGUUCAUAUUCAUGUUUUCCCCAAAGGAAAAAUUUCUGAAUCACUAUGUUGCACAGUAGGAUAAAAAUAGGAAUUCAGAUACUUAUUCAAGUUUCUAAAGAAUGCAAAUAACAGACACGAUUUUACUUCCAAAAUCUGAAGCCAUCGACAUGAUUUUGUAGCACUGCAUCUCAGGCUUUACCUAAAAAUCAUUAUUAUUCUGUUAAAGAUAGCCCCCUGGUCACAUUUUUAAAAAACCUUCUGACCCAGCACAACUUCCUGAGAUCUGUGAAGAAGCUGCCGUCUUGUGAUUAGGCUCCACAUAGGACCGGCAGUUCUGUAAUCAUGAGGGAAAACGGUGGCUGGUUUUACGUGUCAAUCAGUUGUAGUCUGCUGAUCUGAUUAGACGCCUUGACCAGUGCCUGGUGGCGGUUGCAGAUGACUGCCAGGCAUAUGGGGAUAAUACAGUAGCCCACCGUUUUGGGGUCAGCUCUGGUACAAGAAUAAAGGAACAAGAACAUCUGUAAGUAAGGUAUCAGGAAAAUAACUGUCCAGAACCAAAACGGCAAGGAGAGUAACCGCGCUUUCAGGGAGUGUGUCCAUGUGGUUCCUUCGAUGGGCUCCUCUGGGUGCUGCUGAAUGUGUUCCAAGGCCAGCCUGUUGUAAGUCUCAUUGAUUUCAAAAACAUAGUAAAACGCCGCUGCGCUUGCUAAGAGAUACAGCCCCACGCCAAUCCAUCCCAUCCGCUGACGGAAAUUCAUCAUUCUCCAUGCUCUGUGCCUUCAAAUGAAAAAAAUUAACAACACAGUUAGGGUCCAGUGCGCUGUCAUGGCAACUAUCCCAAAUGUACUCGCUUUAUUUCCACGAGCUCUAACAUAGCCCUCCAACGCGAUCGUUCACGACUAUGUGCAUUCAGAAAUGGAAGCGACUUACAGGUGGCUUUACGUCUGGCAUAGUUAGGAGGAAGUGAAGUUCCGGGAUAUAGAGAGUCUGCUUUUUAUGGGAAUUCCACCAAAUACAUAAAUUGCUUUAUGGAGCUUACAUAGGUCCAGCACCGCUGCCACUAAGACACCGGCGUUCAGCUCGCUUCCCGUGGCGCAUGUCCCGUCUACCGUUCGGCAC